GGUAGUCAGUGAGAACGCGCUCGCGCUCGCGCCAACACGUACGUCUCAACGCGCAAGCUCCUGCCGGCUCUAAGUGUCUGCAGUUGUGGCUUUUUAUCGUGAUGUGUUUUUGCGUGUAGCCGUACGCACAGGGGAGGCUGCGCGCAUGGGUAAGAGCUUUCGGUGUGAAUUUCAAGGCGGCGCGAGACCUCGGUUUACGCUAACGGCCAGUAAAGAUCUAAGCGGCUGAUUUAGCGGCUUUGGCUGGCCCUCUACGCUGCGCAUAUACGCUUCUCACUGUCUCGGCCGAUUUAUACGCAGGUGUGGAGCUUUAACAUGCAGAGCUUUGGCUAUAACUGACUUUCGCUCGCUUAGACUCCUCGAGUGUGAUUCCCGAGAGAUCGAUAGAGAGACCGGACCGUCGUCGCGUAGUUGCCACAGGCUACUCGGCUCCCUUUUGUAUUCCCUUACACGCUGUGUGUGGCUGUGCAGCGCGAAAACGAGAGAAUCGAGAAUUCCGAUUGAUUAUUAUACACGCACGCGUGCUCGUACGAGUCGAGCUUCUUUACCGAUGUUGCGCUUUUUUUUUUCUCGCGAGAGACUGUUAUAACGGAAAAAUCUCUCGGCGGGACGGGUCGAUAUCUAAUUUUAAGGGAUUCGAAUUUAUGAUAACAAAAAACGAGCUGAAAAUGAGGAUGACUUUGGGAAUAUUUUCACGAAGCUUCGGUUAUUGACAGCUGAGUCGCCGGUGACUCGUCUGAUUUUUCGGCGUGUAUAAACGCAUUUCGAUGUGCAGGAUUUUCAGUUGAAUCAUUCUAACAAUUCAAAUUUUCUACAAAAUUCAAGUCCAAAGGUGGAUGGAUUGGCUUGGAUAAAUGUACCUUGUACGUACAAAUAUUAUAAAUUACCCAAUCAAGCGUAUAAUAUCGCGAAUAAAUUAUUCUCAGCAAACGUACACGCAAACAUCCUGUAGUCUCUCAACCGCUUCGGUUACAAGUUAAGCGAAGCGCACAAAAAAAAAAAAAAAAAAAUCGAUCGCGCAAUACAGUAGUACAAAAUCAUCGUUUUCGAAAGAUCAAGCGCAAUCGACCCACUUUCCACACACAGCACAGCCAACAAUCAGAAAUUCGAGCUGGAAUGAAAACGAUCUGUUUACCCGUACUCGCGUCUCUCCGCUCCCCGCGAGGAUUAACUUUCCAGAAAUGCAAAGCGACAGCCAAAUCCGCAUCAGGCACUUCCUUCGUAAAAUUUAAUUAUACAACACACAAUAGAAGCUCCUUGGCAAUUCACCUCGCCUACCCAAUUACGACGUUUGCUCCGCCGAGUUUCGAAUGUCCUUUUUUCAUUUCUCUUUCGCUCAUCCGCACUUAUAGGUCAGAGAAAGAGGCUAUAGUUAUACUUUCGAACGCUGCGCCUUAAUCAUAUCUCUACUUUUCGAUAAUUAGCUCUACGGGCUCGCCGUCCCGGUAAAUCCUUAUAUUGUUUGCGAUACCAUUAUUGCAAGUUUUCUCGCGGUAAAUUGCCUUCCGUUUUUCUCUCUUUCUAUCUCGCUGUAGCAAGCUGCCUUAUAGUUAGCUGGAAAAACAAACAAAAAUGCGAGAUCAGACAGAUGCACUCGGUCCUAUAUCCUUGUAAGCAAGCAUGAAAACUCUUCCAUUCUACACGGCAUAUUAUCAACUUUCCAUCUUUCCACUGUUUACUCCGAGCUGAUAAUCAGAUUAACCGCGAAGUUUCUCCAAAUCUGAGCCCGUGAAGUAAAAUAGAAUUUCGCUCUGGCUUUCAGCGCUCGUCCGGGAACUGCUUAUACUCGCCUGACAAAUUGCGAAUCGCGGCCUUCUAUGGUACAGGCAUCGUGUAACGUCUCGGUCUCUUUUUCGCGCCGAUGCGAAGCGAGUCGGCCCCUCGUUAGUCUCGCCAGACGGGAACUGCAUCGAGAUGCUUCGCUGCAUGGAAACUUCCAUUCUGUGCUGGUCUCGAAAAAUUCUUCUGAGAAAAUUUGCAUACUUACUCUCGUCCAAAAUACUUUUUUUUUAUAAGAAACCUCAUCCUGCAAAUUAAGAAAAUCAAGUAUAAAUUACACUCAAUUCUUCCUCGCUCCAUCGUUCGAUUGUUCUUCCAGACAAGCCUCUCGAAAGAGUAAUUAGUCGCGGGCUUUGCCUUUUCCAGCUUUCGCGCUGGCAAUACAACGCACAAUGCGCUCGCGAUGAAACUCCUAGAUUUAUAUAACCCAAUGCAAGCCUGCGCAUAGAGCUCAAUCGAUGUGCUGGGUGAUUUUUACUUUUUCAAUUGCCAAAGCAUCGAGCGCACUCGCGAGCGAAAGUUUUUCCUAUUUCCUGCGCUCGACUCGCGCAAUGUACAUUAACGCGAAGAAACUGCAUUAGUGGGUAUACUUAGGAAACGUGUAAAAAGGAUACGGAUGAGUUGUUGAUACAGAGUUGGUAUAGGAAUGUCGUCAAAGGCCAGAGUAAAUCAGAGGCGCUUGAAUUAUCCGCCGGGCCGAGUUCGAGGUCAACGAUAGACCGAUUCGAAUCAGUGUCGUCGCGCUUGUGUACGUGUGUGUGUGUUUAGAUAUUUGUUGUGUAUAACGCGCGCGCGUAAGACGAUGCAGGGGUAGUAAAUUGAAAGAAGUAGCUUUUUUUUUCGCCGACCCUGUUUCGAAGACUGCGGCGAAAUUUAUUCCGUAAGGAAAGAGAUUGAUCGUUCGAUUCGACGUUUGCGGAACGACUUGUCUCUGGGUUUGUUGGAUUUACGCGAGAUUGACGUCGAUUUUUGAGCGCGCGUAGUCGUUUCAAUUUCAGCUCAUUAUUAUAAUUGCUCUCUCGAAAAAAUAACCCGGUCAUCCGACGCACUGGCAUUAACCUAUAUUCUAAAACGCUUUGCCCUCGAAAAGAGAAAAAACACACACAGACACAUCGCUAUCCCGACGCUCGCGCUGAAUAAUAUCGCGUCGCACGGACGAACCGGUAUCCACAGAAAGGUAGCCAUCCGCGAAACAGCACAUACGUAAUGUUUCGCACCGCAUAAGUAUAUAGCGGAGAGUUAUCCGCAACGGUAUCGCGCACAUAACGCGCUCGAUCAUCCGUUUGCCGCGCGAUAUAACACGGCUCUGCUCAGCGUGUGUAACCGUUUGCUUCGUUAUCCGGAAGCUUAACAUCUGUCGAGCCACGAUACGACAACGAUAAAAUAAAAGUUAGAUUGCAGGCAACCGAGAGCGAGCGUUAUGCGGCUUAGCAGUUGAGUUAAUGGGCGAGCGCGAAAAUUGUAGCCAAAGUAGCAGCAGCAGCAGGAAGAAGAAGAAGAAGAAGAAGAGUCCUCAGUUGCGCCAGGAGGAACGGGACUAUUACGCGGCGAUACUCUUCUUCAUACUCGUGUACAUAUCGCACGUGGAUGAGGACGACGACGACGAGGAUGAUGAUGAUGAUGAUGAUAAUGCGCGAGAGCAGGACUAUGAGAGCGUGAAUACACGCGGAAUGCCCAGCCGCAGCUCGUUCGCGAUCAUGAGAGCUCGGACCGCUGCUGCUUUUACUCCGGCUCCUGCGCUGCUGCUGAUAUCCGGCUGUCGGCUGCACGGAGCCGGGCGUCGAGGUAAGCUCAGGCUCUGGUAAACCGGGCGCAUCGCACAGCCACCCCCGCAAUACCAAAUGAACAGAAGGAGGUACGAGGCCGAGGACUACGGGCGGAUUAUGCAGCACCGUGAGCAGCCGCCCUUUCGAGUCCUCUCACCAGGCGCUCGGAUAAAGUACGACGGGGCUCAGGCGGUGCUGCGCUCGCCGCCACCGGCUCGAGCCCCGGAACCUUACAAGCUCGCCCCGCAGGCCACGAAUUUCGGCCGUAGCGCCAGGAAGUCGGCCUUCGCCAUCAUCGCCGAGACCCGACCGCCCAGUCCCGCUAACGGUGUUCAGAGUCAACCUGGAUCGAGACCUGCUUCGGGCUCGGGAAGAUUGUCGCCCUUCCGGGGCAGGGGAUUCAAGGGACCACCGGCGAACAGUUCCAGACCACACACGCCGAGCGAGGAGGAGCCGGUACCGGCUCAUCGGAUCGCUCGAUCGACCUAUCAACGCAGGGUGUCCAUCUCGCAACGGAACAGUCCGAAGCGCAGCCAAAUACCGCGACCCGCGCGCAGUCGGUCCAUCUCGUCGAGUAAGGAGAAGAACAACGGCAACGACAAUCAGCCGGGAGGACGUAAGGGCUCGCCAAAGUUCGGUCGUCGCGCUGCCAACCGGUACACCUCCAGCAUCGGCAACAACAACAUCGGUAAUCGACGCGCGAUAUCGCAGAGGGACCUGAACAAGCGAACCGAACUCUCGCCGAUCCAGGGAACUCCGAGCAAGCCGUCGAUCGACAAGAACAAGACUUCCCAACCGGCAAAACCAGCGGCCCGAGUAGGUGGUUUCGGCGCAGCCCAGCGCGAUAACACCACGGCGAAAUCGAACGAGAGGCUGAACCGCAACCUGCUGAUGCCGCCUAAGAGCAACGCAGCCGGAGGUAAGAGAUUCGUCACUGCCAAGAAGACGCCGACGACCGCCCGGAACAAAUCCGCGAGCACCGAGGCUCUCGCGCAAGACUCGCCGUCGAAGAUACCGCUGAGACGAGGCUCGCUCAGCGGGGGGUCCAACGGCAACUCCACUGCCGCGAGUUCGAAGGACGGGUCCGGGGGUAAGAAGAGCGAGGACAAGGCCAAUCGCGCGGGACAGCAAAAGAGCCAAGGGGAUAAGCUCAGCGCGGAGAGUUCCAAGAACAACUCGUCGAGCAAAAGAGACAACGAGGACGACGACGACGACUUUGGCCUGGUCGAUCUGCUGAAGCAAUCCUCGGGAGCGACGGGCACCUCGAGCAUGGUCAACACCACGACGACCACCGCCGUCCAGCCGCUGCACAUCGACGCGGCGUCGAUUCUCCGGGACGCCGAGGGCGAGCUCGUGGCCAAACUGACCAGCCUCGAGAGGCAGCAGAACCUCGAGCUCAAGGAGACCGAUCCUACCGAUGCUGGUAACGGCAACAAAGGUACCAAUGCUCAGACCAUGAUCAAGCACUUUGGACCGAAUGCCGCUGGCGAGGAUAAAGGUUCCAGCAGCUCUGGUAACGUUACGGAACAGGCUGCCAAGGCGAACGAGAGCACGCUGGACACGACGGCAGACGUCGAGAGCAAGAGCAAGGAAGAGCCAGAGAAGCAGCGCUCGACCCCUGCAGCGAGCCACAAGAAGACCGACAGCAAGGCGAGCAUCGCUAAGACGAGCAACUCCACCGGCGAGUCGACCAAGAGGAUCACGGUAUCCUCCCGAGUGAGCAGCGCCAACGACCUCACCACAGCCGGCGACACUACAACCGACAAAUCCCAGCAGCAGCAAAACGGCUCCAACCGGCCGAAGCGAAACAACAACGAGUCCAACCUCAAGUCCCAAGCUCAAGCCGACUCCCAGGAAUCCCUGGGCAGUCUCCGCUCGACCGAUACCGGGGUCAGCCUCAACACCGUCCGAGGCGUCUCGUCGGCCAAGGAGAAGACCGGCCUGCACAUGGUCAAACGCCCCGAGGAGAUCGAAACCCUCAGCGGCAACGUCGUCCAGCUCGAGCGCAACGGCGACCACGCGCCGCAGUCGAGCAGCAACGCGGAGGCGAAGCAGCCCACGGGGGGCUCGAGGUGGCAGAGGUUACGGAACCGCUGGUGGCCGCGACGUCUGGGUAGGAAGAAGGGCGGCGCGGUCGGACCUUCGAGGAGAAAAGACGAGGCUGCCUCGGAGGGCAGGUGCUGGCCGAAGAUGCGCUGUUUAGCCUGCAAGCGCGAUCCCAAAGUCCAGCUAUGGCCGGGGAGCAAACAACCGGCCAGAGGCAGCUCGACGACCCAGUUGACCGGUCCCAGGGAUAAGGCGCCCAGUCGAUGGACCAGGUUCAAGGAUGCAUGCAGAUGCGCGAAGGUCCGGGACACGCGAUGGUGCGGAUGGCGUCGCAGCCGACGGCGUCUCCAGCAACAGCAGUCGCAACAGUCCCAAGCACCAGCAGCGGCGACUCGAAGCCUCGGCGGCAUCUGCGGCAAACUGUUCUCGCGCUGCAACUGCCGUCGACGGCCAUCCGACCAGAUCCAACGCACCAGGACUGUACGCGCUAAACACAGCCUGACGAGCGUCGCAGCGCCUCCUCUUUCCGAGGAAACGAGGCCCAAGCUACCGGACGUUCUGGUCGAGCACAAUUCGGUGAUGCACGGCGCUAUCCCCUGUCUUCCGGUGCCCGUAGCCUGGUUCUGCCUCUUCUGGAACGUCCUGUUACCAGGAUCCGGAACCAUACUGAGCGGACUGUUCAAUCUCUGCAUGGGCCAGCCGCGUUUCUCCGCGACGGCCAGUCCCAAAGCCAGAUUCGGUGCCUUAAUCGUCAACCUGAUCGUCGGAGUGAGCCAGGCCUUCACCGUGCUCUUCUGCCUCGUCGGCUGGGGCUGGAGCAUCUGGUGGGGCGUCACCAUGAUUCGACUUGCAAGAAAGUACAAGCGCUUCAAGGACUCGGAAGCGGCGGCCAACGACCCCGAGGCCAGAACUGGACCGGAGACCGCGACCCUACCGGCGCCCGGUGUUCAGGCGCUCAGAGGUGCCGAACGAGCCCGCUGAUUAGAGCCGGCUAUUGUUGUUUUUAUUUUUCGUUUGUAUUUAACACACUUACUCUUUGAUUUUCACAUCGUUAUGUAAUAUCGUUUUUCUAUUAUCAUACCGGACGGUCUAGCUCGUGAGAAGACUAUACCCUAAUCCCUCCCCCCCCCCCCCCCUCCACCGUCAUUAUAACACGACUCAUCCGCUAUACAUACUAUAUAUAUAUAUAUGAAUAGAGUAGAAAUUUAUAUUUUUUCAAUAACCAUGUCGUAAGAUUAACAAAAUACUCUUUUCUAUGUACAUAAACAUUUAAUAAAAUCGUUUGUAUAAGUACCCAAGGGCGUUAUUAUGCUAUGUUAUUUUCUCGCAGAGAGAAAUGCAUCGAAAAGUAAGAGUUACUUUAUUGCUUUCGGUGAAGUAUAUAUCGGUAUAGGUAUACUUACUUAUCUGCGCGAGAUACAGCACGGAAAUGAACUACGACGUUUGGCCCAGUGCCAAAGAACGACUUGUACGGGCGUCGGAAUUAGCGCGCGAUUUGCCGGGAACUUGCCUUUUUGAAAAACGUUCUUCGCAUUUUUACACACGACCAUUGAUUAUCGUCGUGGGACUUGUCUAUACGCCGUUGAACAUCAGUCGAUACUUCGGUUUUAUUCCUCUUUUGGGUGAUACGAUUGUAGAGAUGGAAUUUUUGAGGUAUAGUUGAUUAAAACAAGAUUGUAAUUUGUUAUCACAGACUUUUAUUUAUUCUUACCUGGUGACUUCUGCUGUAUACAUUCUCUUAUAUCCAUAUACACGCUUCGUUAUGCUGUGCUUACGCUGGAAUCAUAGCUGACAAUAGGCGCUUUAUUUCUAUAACUAUAUGCUUCAGCGGCUUCUAUACUAGCACUUUCGCAUUGAAAAUCUAACAACUAAAAAUGUCUAAAUCUUAGAAAUAAAAUUUUAUCAUUACAAAUGCACCUUCGCGCCUACAUCCUCGACCGCGAAGUUGUUUUCAAAGUCGCGCGCUCGGAAGCUCCUGUUAUCAUUCAAAAUUAUGAUAAAAUCUUUUUACAACACGUAAAUAAAGAUGCAAAUCGAGUCUCAUGCAUACCGUCGAACAAUUGAGAACGGAGUUCAAGCCUUGCGAUGGUUAAAUUAUACGAACACAAAGGCAUCGAACUUUUUCUUCUCGCGAUAAAAAGCAAAACCGACUUAUCGAGUGACAUCGCCGGAAUUCACAUUAGUAACGUAGAAGCAAAAGAAGAAAAAACUAAGAGACUGACGAUGCUUCCCUUUGGGCUUUCGCUAAUUUCGAAUAUAUUCGGGUGACGACAGUCGCGCACACGCAGAGCAACUCAAAAUAAAUUUCCAAGAGAGUCUAAAUGUAUAAACUGUUCGCAUGCUUGAAAAAAAGAAACAAAAAAAAAAAAAAAUAAAUAAACGACGACUAGCUUGAGUAAAAGUGUUGAGUGAAGGUCUGUGCUCAAGUUUAUAAAAAGAAAUACCCAUACGGAAAAGACACAUGGAAAUUCGCAACAGUAUACAUAAGUCGAGACAGAGGUUACACUAUCGUGGUAAUAAAAAAAAGGAAGAUAUGUAUAUAUUCCAUUGUUAAAAAAAAAAAAUUCAGGUAUAAUUGCCCCGCACAGUAGUAGCAAUAUUGAGAUAUGGUUUGGAUUAUCUGGUUGUUGUGUCAAUGAUGCACACCAGCUAUCAGUGGUUCGCACUUUUCUCCGCGUCUCCGUCCGAUCAGUGACUUCGAUCGAAUCCAAUCGCGAAGUAAGUAUAAGCAUGAUCCUACAUAGUUAGGUAUGUGUGAUUUUCGCGACAUCGAUUAGAUCGAAGAACUGAUGUUCACUUGGAAAACAGGGAGAAGAGUCGAGCACUAAAUGGCCAGUGUGUUGUAUUGGAUAGGUAUAUAUAUAUAUAUAUAUAUAUAUAUAUAGAGAAUUUUUUGAUGCAUGGCUAUGGUGUGGGUGUCAAUGAAUUGAGAGUCGUUGACGUUGAAUACAUUCGAGUAGUAUAUGUUUAAUGAUGUGACUUCAUAAUAUAUAUAUGUCAUUAUGCACAAGUAGAUAAUUGUUAUAAUAAUAAUCGUGUUACAGUGUGUAUUGUGAUAAUUGUAUAAUAGUAUAAGUCUAGGAAUAUAUAACCAGUUACAGUUACGAGAAACUUAAAAUAAAUUCUAAAGAGAACAGAGUCUACAAAUCUAUGUCGAUAUAGCGACUAUACAGCGAUGUAGUUUAAGAAAACUUUACUCUCAUUGUUCCACAAUUUAGUAUAUCCUUAUAUUUUUCUCUCCCUCUCUUUCUCAUAUUUAUUGAAUUUCACUUAUCUGUUGGAAUAAUAGUGCGCCGCUAGCAUUUUGUCAGUGUUAUUUUCAUUUUGCGUGUGUCUCUGUGCAGGUGUAAUGUGCGUGUACUGUUGUCGUGUUAUAUGGUUCACAUGUCUUUUUUCGUGUAUGGCUCGUGUCGUAUAGCAGAGUUUCUUAAUUUUUCUCGGUGGUAUGAUGUGCGGGUCAAUCUGCGACAGGCAUGUAAGAAACACAAUUGCUCAGUCCUGAGAAAUAGGGAAGGGUGCUUACUUAUAAAUAAUGCAACGCAUACUGAAAAAAGAUGAAGAAUUAAAUGAGCGUGAACCAAAGAGAGAAGGCGCAAAUAAAACACCUACGAUACAGCCUACAUUCCGCGGGCAUAGGUCUCGAGCGGGACCAGCGCCGCUGAAGGCAAAAUAAUAAUAAUAAUAAUAUAACAAUACGAAGCAUCGAUAUACAUUGUAUGACGGGUAAAAUAUUACAUAGCGUAGUUAGGGCUGAGGGGGGGGGGGAGGGUGAAGGCGGG